AUGCCUGGCUCCUUCUCGAGGAUGAUCGAAAAAGCUGGGAUGAGGCGUCUCGGCGACCCUAGCCCGGACGAGCCCUAUCUUUCUUUGACGCGAGGCGACCUGGAUAGUAUCAAGUCAAAUGACUGGCUGACGGACAAUGCCAUCGCAUUCUGGCAAGAAUAUCUUGAGCGCGAAGAACUCACAAACUUCCCCAAGGCCUCCAUCGUCCUCCUCCGUCCCUCUAUGGCCUACAUGCUCCGGCAGUCUGCUGACCCUCUCGCCGUCAAGGAGGCACUCCCCAACUUCAGCCGUACCACCCACAUCUUUCUCCCCAUAAACGACAACUCGGACGCGCAAGCCGAGGGCGGAUCGCACUGGUCCCUCUUACUCGUCUCCAUCAUCGAUGGCGUUUCCUUCCACUACAGCUCCAUGGCAGGGUGCAACGACCGGGAGGCACGGAGCACCACCAUGAAGCUCGAGCAGCUGUUGGGAAAGAGGCUGAGGUUCAUACCCAUGGCGGACAGUCCGCAGCAGGAGAAUGGGAGUGACUGUGGCGUCUUUGUCUGCGUACUCAUGCGCCAUCUGCUGCUCAAGAGAUUGCUGCGGGCAGAUGCGAGCAAGAAGGUUAGCAUGAGCAUGCGGGAUGCGCAUAUCGAUGCAAAGGAUGGUCGGAAGACGAUGCUCAAGGUGAUCGAGGAUAGGCGCAUCGAGGGAAAGCGAAGAUCGUCGCGUAGUCACUCACCCUUUAGGAAUCCGUCCGCACACUCGAAGAGCCCACCGCGUAUAGGCGACGAACAAUCACAGGAGCGUUAGGAGCAACCUGGAUUUACCAAGGACCGCCGCCUUCGUACUGGAGAUUUGGAACAUGAUACCGCCAUUUGUCUAUAAUGGCCUGAAAACCUACUGGCGAACAAGACUUUGAGUGCCAGAGAGAGCACUAUGCUUAUGACCAUGUUACAUGACAUGAUGACACCAGGGUACUUGAUAUGGGAAAGAAUACCAAAAUCGAAUGAGUCAUGUUUCGCUGAUUAUGCAUGGUACCGGAGUUCAGUUUCAUGCAUGUACAUACUCGAAAUAUAAUUUUGUACACAUUACA